GCACCGGUCUCAGUCGGUCGAAUAGAGGUCAAGGCACGUCAAUCCGAUGCACACACGCACUCACUGAGUACGAGACAAACAAAGCAGUCCGUCAAGUCAGAUCACAUCGCAUAGUGUCAGCCAGGCCAGCUUGUCGGUGCGUCAGUAUUCAGCAUCGUUUGCCCCCUCGUCUCGGUCCAUGUCAUCCUGAUCGUCUUGGCCAUCCUCCACGUCCCCAUGGAUGUCCCGCUGGUAGUCCUGGUCGCCGUACCCCGCCUCCUCCUCGGCUACAUACCGAGACGGUGACAUGUCCUCAUCUGAAGCAAUACACGCACACACACAUACACACACAUACACACACACACACACACACACACGUGUUCGAUGUCAACAUUUUCCCGUGCUGCCAUGUCGUGUCAGUGACUGACUGACUGACUGACCGUCUCUGAGUUCGCCCUCUGCCGGCUCUCCCUCCUUGGAAGCGCUGCCCCUCCUGCUGCCCGCCUGGUCGAGCUGUUCCUCCGCAAUCUUCCUCUGGAGAUCCAUCUGCCGCUUCCGCCGCAUCGCCUCUCGCCGCCUCGCCGGCGGCACAUAGUGCCGCGUCAGACACUCCUCUGGGAAAUACUCCCUGCCAACUGCACUCACGAGCUGCUCCAUGACGCUGUCUGCGCUGCUGGCCUGAGGGGCGAAUCGGUUUGAGUAGGUCUGGAUCUCUGGCUUGGGCUGCUUGUGCUUGAGGUGGUAGCACGGGGCGUUCAUGUAGAAGUUGACGAGUGAGCGGUUGAGCUCGAUGAGGCGCUUGUCCUCAUCGGUGAGGCUCGAGGCGGACAGAGGCGCGGGCAGACGGGGGUUGUCGGGAUACACAGCAGGCUCCUCGCAUAUCGGACCUGUGGCAGGCACCACACAGAAUGCAAGCGUCCACAUGAGCCACACAAGUGAAACAAUGAAUCAAUGCCGUGUUGCUAUGUGCACCUCUCUUUUCCUUGCCGAGUUCCCAUGCCAGCUGUUGCGCUGGUGUGAUGGGACCGCCUCUGCCUCGCCCUCUUCCUCGAGCACCGCCGCCGCCGCCGCCGCCACGCCCACCUCUAUUCAUGCCGGCGACAAGUGACACCACACCACUGAUUCACCUGCCGACUGCUUCACGCGUUCUGCCGAUUGAUCCGCAGGUGGGGGUGAGGUUGCUU